GCUCUUGUAACCUUGCGUGUGCUGAUGUCAUUUCCUGCAGCAUCGCCCGGCUCCGCCCCCAGCGGAUCUCAAGCUCAGAAGAAGAGCGUUCUGAUCGGCAAGCGUCCGGGUCUGAGCGUCACCAGCUUGAUCAGUCAGUUCAGAAACUACUCUCAGUGCAAGAAGACGAUGCUGCCUGCGGCCCGACCCAGUGUGUUCAGCUCCCCCGAUGCCGUUCUUGUCUGGUACGAUGAUCUGGGGACCAGUCCAGAUGUUUCAGCACUCACUCCGUCUCUCCUGCGCAGGUUCUUGUUUGAGAAGAGCAGUAAGGAGUAUCUGUACUACCGGAGGAGAGUGGCGGAGAUCAGACGAGACGCGGCAGCUCAGGCCGAAGGUGAGCGCUCAGAAACACACAACUACGUGUGUGUGCAUCAGAUGCAGGAGAUGUUCGACAUGAUCAUGAAGCACAAGCGUGCGAUGCAGGACAUGCAACUGUUGUGGGAGAAAACCAUCAAAAACCACCAGCACGAGUACGACAGCGAUGAGGAGCUGGAUCCUGAGGACGGAACCUGGGAGCAUCGGCUCAGACAGAUGGAGAUGGAGAAGACCCGAGAGUGGGCGGAGCAGCUGACGGACAUGGGCAAAGGGAAGCACUUCAUUGGUGACUUCCUGCCUCCGGAUGAGCUGGAGAAGUUCAUGGAGACGUUUAAAGCUCUGAAGGAGGGCAGAGAUCCAGAUUACUCCGAGUACAAAGAGUUCAAGCUGACGGUGGAGAACAUCGGCUUCAAGAUGCUGAUGAAGAUGGGCUGGAAGGAGGGCGAUGGUCUGGGCUCAGAUGGACAGGGCAUCAAAAACCCUGUCAACAGAGGCUCCACGGCAGUGGACGGCGCAGGCUUCGGUGUGGACCGACCCGCUGAACUCUCGAAGAGUGACGAUGAGUUCGAUGCUUUCCGUAAGAGGAUGAUGCUGGCGUAUCGCUUCAGACCGAACCCUCUGAACAAUCCCAGGAGGCCGUACUACUGAACCAGCAGCAUCUCCUGUGUUUACUCGUAACCGGUUGAAUUGUGAUGUGCUUUAUUUCAGUCGUCACAGCCUCGAGCCCUUCGUGUGUUUCUGUUUGUUUAUUUAAAGAUGCUGAUUUAGUACAUUUAUUCAAAACUGUAAAAGCCCACACUAUAGUCAGCUGUGUGAUCUAAUAUUAACAUCGGUGCAAGUCCCUGGAUUGUGAUGAGCACAGAUAUUACAAAUGAAACCUGCUUCGACCUGCACAAACCGUCUCCGGCAUGUUGGGUUCGUUACAGUCCUGAUUAAACUCAUCCCUGUGUCCUUGACUCUGUGAGAUCAAUUAAACGUCUGUGCUUUGAAACG